AUGGCGACCACUUCAUCGACGACCCAAGUCAUUGUGUUCACAAUUUCCCUUCUCUUGGUCGCUUUUCAAGCAGUCUAUGCAGACUAUUACCGCCAGAGGCCACCGGUUGUCCCUGCCCCCUAUGUCCCUAAGCCAUGGGUCCCUCUUCCGACCCCGAGCCCCAAGCCUGUUUAUCGCCCUCCAGUUACCCCGAUUCAACCCGCUGGCUCAAUUGCUAGACUGUUCCUUGACCCACAUAACGUUAUUCGGUCGAGACUAGGUUUGUCUCCAUUACUUUGGGACGGUAAGCUAGCGGCCUACGCGACAUGGUGGGCUAACCAGAGGCGUUACGACUGCUCCUUGUCCCAUUCGACCGGCCCAUACGGUGAGAACCUAUUUUGGGGAAGUGGCUCGAGCUGGGCACCAGGUUUCGCGGUGGAGUCAUGGGUCGUUGAAGGAAGCUCCUACGACUACAACUCCAACUCGUGUCACGGAACUGGAAUGUGUGGUCACUACACUCAGAUCGUGUGGCGUGACACCAAAAGGCUCGGGUGCGCAAGUGUGGUAUGUGAGAACGGUGCCGGAGUUUUCAUCACUUGUAACUACGACCCACCGGGUAACUACGUUGGUGAGAAGCCUUACUAA